AUGUCCGAAUUCGUGCAAAUGGCCGCCUACGCAGGUCACAACCACCCGAUUUCCCAACCUUCCUUGCAGCACUUACGAUCAUGUUCCAGCAAUCCAGCCGUGAACAACGCCGUCGCUCCUCACAGACCAAACCGACCCGUCUCGAAAUCGAUCAGCGCUUCUGCUCUGCGCACAAUGGCCUCCUUUUCCAGCGCACCAGGAAUACCGUCCAGGGUGCUGAGCCCUUUCAGCGACGAAGAAGGGAACAUGACCACGUUACCAGAUCCGCGGAGCAGAGCGUCGUCUCAUUCAUUGGGAAGUGGGGUGCCGAAUCAGUCUCAGCAUCCGGAUCUCAGCAAUGAGGUCGCAAUGUUGAGCAACAAACUCAUACACGCAAUAAACCAUCAGACAAGUAUAGACGAUGAACUUUCUGCGACCCGCCACGAAUUGGAGUCUUUUCGAGAGCGUGUCAUGCAAUUAGAGAGGGAGAAUCGGGAAGAUGCUGCAUCGAGGGCCCGGGAAGCUUCGGUCCAGGCGUCGGCUCACAGUUCUGAAAAGGCUAUGCUUGAAGCAGCUCUGGCUGAAGAGAAGAGGCAGAAGGCUCAAGUCGAAAAGGAGAAGAAGCAAAUCGAGCAUGAGCUUGAGAAUUUGACCACAGCUUUGUUCGAAGAAGCAAAUAGGAUGGUGAUCACUGCUCGCGAAGAAGCACAGAGAGACCAUGAGAUUGUUCAGCGCAAGAACGACCAGCUAAAAGCAAAGCUCGCAGAUACGGAGAGCUUGUUGAAAUCACAUCAAGAUCAGUUGGCGGAAUUAAAGCAGGUCAUGGAGCACUUGACGGAAGACCGAGAUGAUCAGACGAACCAGACGGCGCCUUCGACCCCAGCGCUCAGCAGAUUCGAUAGCAAGGACUUGGGAACACCAGAAACAGAGGCACCACAAUCCAGCUAUGACCCAAUCUCGCCAUCAUACCCCAUGAGUUUCACCCACCUCUUGCAGCCAGUUCUCAGAACAGAUCUAUCUGCAUAUGAGGAUUUCAUCUCCUUGUUACGCAUGUCUAAGAAUGUCCCAGCUGCUAGUAGGGUGUCCAGUGGAUCUUACGGGAGCAUUGGUCUUGGUCUUGGUCUAGGUAGCUAUACAACCUCGCAACAACCGACGAAUGGGUCUUCGACCUCCCUGUCCACAACUGGGCCCUCUGGCUCGUCUCCAGCCACACCCACGACGCCCGCAUCUACUGCCAGUAAUGCAUCAUACAACGGGCCCAAUUCUUUAACUCCUCUGAAGGAUACCAAGUUCUACAAGAGAGCGCAGGCUGAAGAUAUUGAGCCUACUUUGAGGCUCGAUUCCGCACCUGGUCUGUCGUGGCUCGCCAGACGGACAGUUCUCAGCGCAGUCUGUGAGGGAUCGCUUGUUGUGGAGCCAAUGCCUAGUUCUACGAAGCCUUAUGCAUUUGCCUGCUCCCUUUGCGGCGAAACCCGGAAAGACCCUGCUCAUGUCCGCAGUCACAGAUUUAGGGCCAGCGAGAACGAUAAUGCUCAGAGGUAUCCUCUUUGCAGGUACUGUCUGGGCCGAGUCCGCUCAACCUGUGACUUCCUUGGGUUUCUCCGAAUACUGAAAGAGGGCCACUGGAGGGCAGAUGAUGAGGAAUCAGAGAGAGCAGCUUGGGAAGAGAGUGUGAGAUUGAGAGAGCAAAUGUUCUGGUGUCGAGUAGGAGGCGGAGUUGUUCCCACGAGCCAAAAUCACUUGGAUACCAUGAAAAGUCCACGGCUCAGCCAGGAAAGAAGGGAGCAGGAAAGGAAAGUCAGUGAAGAGUUGGAGAGAACUGGGGAGAUCCAGCCGAAGGAUAUCACACCUGUCGAUGUGACGAAGUCUAGGCCAUCGAGCAAAGCUUUUGCAAAGGACGACCAGGCAGAAGAACCUCGGGAAGUAGACCCACAGGAGACAGCGGCCCAAAAGAGUGCAGAAUUGUCGGAUGGGAAUCCUGUAACAGAGGUGGCGGUUGAGGGAGUGCAGGCCUUGAACGUGGUUGAAAAGCGGAUAAGUGCGAGCAAUUCGACACAGUCUACCAAGUCACUUGGAGCCACUCCGCCAGGGGAACGACUCUCAAUUACGAUUCCAGGAGCUUUCGAGUAG